ACAUGCAAGUGAACGCCGGGUAAUCUUCUUUUCGAUUGUUGUGACAACAUUCCAAAGUUUGUAAACAAACGUUCUACGAAGCUGUCAAACAAGAGCAAAGUGCGAAUGGGAACUUUUAAAAAGGAUAUUUUCUUUUCCUCGUGUUUGUAUAAGGACUUUCAUAAGUAGCCAUCACCAAGGUAUAUAGCGACCACCUGUGUCAUCGCAGCCGAAGAAAUUGUGAAGCGAAAUUGAAUCAGACCCUAGGUACCCACUUCAGUAAGUACUACCACCCUAGGUUGAAGAUGAGGGGUGAAAAAAUUAAGGAGCAAGAAUCAGAAUCUGACUGGGACAGCAUGUCAGAAAUGGAACCUCCACCUAAAGAAGCCGUUCGGGUUAAAGCUUCACAGAGUUCUUCUCAAGGUCAAGCAGCUGCAGUACCUCGUAAAUUGAAAUCAUUGACUUUUGUUGAUCCUGAGAGUGGGAAGGGUGGUGGUGAAAAACCACCACCAUUUGAUUUCAAGUCUGAAACACCCGCUGAUACAAAGGAAGAAAUGCCUAUAAAACCUGGAAAGGCUAGAAAAGGAAACAUUUAUAAUCCAAAUGAGGCAAAACAGAGACAUGUGAGUUUUGCUGAAGGACUGGAAUCAUCUAGAGGUAGCUCAGAAAUGAAUGGAAGAGACACAGGUGGAGUCACUGAUUCAGAAGAUCCUUUGUAUGCAACUGUGAACCACAAACUACCAAAUAUGAAAAGGAAGAGCCCUACCAGUGACAGCGAAGACCAAUCAUUUGAAAAAUUGACCAGAGAAGAGAGAAGAAAGAAAGCACUUAUUCCAGAAAACACUGGAAGAUCUUUGCAAGGAUUGGAAAAUAAAGGUUAUGUUGAUGAUGAGGAGAGUUUUCCUUCAGGAAAGCCAUCAAAGUCAAGCAUUUUGAGAAACAAGAGAAAGAAUCCACCUAAAUUACCAGUGCAAGAAAGUUCACUUGUUCUUCCUGAAAAUGAGACUGUUUUGACAUCAAAAAUCGCUGGAACUGAGAGUGUAGAGGGGUUGCAACCCUUGAUACUAAGUUUGGGCCAGACGUCCAUUGAAGCUGCUGGGAAGAAGCCAAUUGAUGCAAUGAAUAAGGCAAUAUCAGAAGCAUGCACCUUUCUAACUUUUCCUGUGUUCUUUUUUUCAUUAUUGCUUCACCAUGUCAUUAGGUUUUUUCUCCAGGGAUUGAUCAAGCCUCUGGUAGUCGAUUCACUUGUGUUAGUGGUGGAGUACCUUGUUAGACCUUGCUUGGGUUUGGUAGUAAAACCAGUGUUAUUCAGUUUACAUGGAGCAUCGUCUGCUUUUAGUGAUAUCGUAUUAGUUUGUCUAAGACCUGUCACAGUGAUAUUACAGUCUGUAAGACUCAUUGAGAUCCACUACACAAGAAGGUAUUCAGUUGAAGAUGUAUGAGUGAUUGAACUUCGUUAGCAAACAUGCUUUACUUAUGUAUUUGAUAGGUAAGUGAUCUUUUGCUUCAUACUCCAUAAGAGAAGUAUCAUUUAGUAGGUUUUAUGUAUGUUCCAUAUAAGCAAGCUAUGCCAAAGCAAAAAUAUUUCAGUUAAGGAUAAAGCCAGCUCUUAUCUUUAUAAAAGUUUUUGUGUUGUUUUACCUAUUUUGAAGUUAUUUUGAGCUUAGGAACCUUGAUGUUGCAUCCCAUUGGCUUAUAAUACUUCUUGUGUGUUUUGUCUUUUGUGCCAAUGUCUUUGUGAACUGAAUCUUUUUACUAAAAGACAAGUUCUUGGGAAGUUUAUAUGUGCAGGUGAGCACAUGAGUGGUUUUUAAAAUUUGACUUGUGCCAUAUAGUGGAAAGUCUUGAAUACUGCAUUCUACUUUUCAUUUUUACAAAGGAUGCGAACUAGCUGGAUUGCCUGUAAUUCACUCAUACUUUGAUAUAAUUCUUUUUCCAUUGUGAUUAGCAAUUUUUUGUCAAAUGUUAUUUUUUUUAUUUAUAAGAAAAAAGUUAAAGAAUUUCCAAGUUAUAUUUUUCAUGAGUUGUUGGUGUGUCAUAUUAAUCAUGUGAUACUAAAUUUAUUGUAAGUUUUUCUGCUUUUUUUCCAAUCUCAGUGACAAUCCUAAAUUGGUCUAUAACUCAUGGAAUAAUUUAAGCCCACUUUUGAAAUGUAAGUUAUCUUGAAGGCAUUUGUGUAGAAUUUUAACUUUAAAAAUCUCUAUGUAGUUGUGCAUCUUAUGAAGAGGAAAAAACAUUACAAUUAAGGUCUGGUAUCAGGAAGCUAAUUUUCUGAGUGGAAAAUACCCCAGAUAUAAAACACUCUACAGAUCUUAGUAGUAAUGUGUUGUGACACUUCAGACACCAUGUUACACAGAGAGUUCUUGUCUUGUGACCUCCAACUAUCUCUCUCUCUUUCACACACACACACACACACACACACACACACACACACACACACACACACACACACACACACACACACA